GUGUGUGGGUAAAUCACAGAGAGAUGCGGAGAAUGCUGAGAGAAUGUUUCUUUAAGACCCAUUACCUUCCAAUCCGGCUGAGGGGGAGGCUAUGGUGAGGUGGUGAAGCGUUGCUCCCUGCUCCCUUAUGCCGUUUACAUGUGGAAAGGAAAGAGACAGGGGAGAAACAUAUAUCCGGGUUUUUCUAAAACACUGGGGCACUGAAGCGAAAUACGCGGAGAUGGACCCAAGAAAAAUCUAACGGUAGAUUAGGACAAUAUGGGCUCCGCGCGAUGACUAUGCCAGCGCUCCCGGUGCCGUGACGACCCGACCAGUGGACCCAGAUAGGAGGCCUGCCUUCUCUCCCUUCCCUCUGGCCCCUCCCCUUCCUCAUCCUCAACCAAUCCCAGACAACCACAGGCCAGUUGGCCCUAGAUAGAUGGUUGCAUCUUCCUCUUUGGACAGAAGAGCGCAUAUUUACUUCCUGUUAGUCGUCGAGGUUGAUGCACUAUUAGUUUUUAGUGGGCUGUUUGUCGGUUUUAAGAAGACAAGUUAGAUCAUAUGAAAUAAGGAAAAAUAAGGAAUGCUGUAUUUAAAAGCAAAAAAUUCAAUGAUUUAAAUUUGAUACAUCGUCAUUUCUGUCAGAAAUGAGACAGGCGUACACAAAGCACGACUCACAAGUGAGGUGAGAGACAUCAAAAGGUAGUUAUACACCCACAUAAACACCAACACACCUGAACUGAAGAAAAAAUCAGGACACACAGACAAACCUAUUACACACACACACACACACAAUCCUGGGAUUAUCAGCCUUCUCUUGGACUCUCGCUACACACACUCCGAUCUCAUGAUGAUGUGUGAGGUGAUGCCCACCAUUUCGGAGGACGGGCGCGGCGGCACGGGUGGGGGCCCAUCCUCUCCGGCCGGGACCGGGGUCGGAGGGCCCGGGGGUGCCAUGGGAGGAGGGGGCUACGGCGGAAGGGAGUCGAGGAGCGGAGGGGACGAAGGGGGCAGCACGGGGAACCUGGAGUCCCUGAUGGUGAACAUGCUGACGGAGAGGGAGCGUCUGCUGGAGAGUCUGAGGGAGACUCAGGACUGCCUGGGCACGGCUCAGCUUCGGCUCCGCGAGCUAGGCCACGAGAAGGACUCCCUUUCGAGACAACUCUCCAUCGCCCUGCCACAGGAGUUUGCUGUGCUGACUAAGGAGCUGAAUGUUUGCCGGGAGCAGCUCCUGGAGAGGGAGGAGGAGAUUGCUGAGCUUAAGGCGGAAAGGAACAACACGCGUUUGUUGCUGGAGCACCUGGAGUGCCUCGUGUCUCGACACGAGCGUAGUCUGAGGAUGACGGUGGUGAAGCGACAGAACCAGUCUCCUGCAGGGGUGUCCAGCGAGGUGGAGGUCCUCAAAGCCCUCAAGUCUCUGUUUGAGCACCACAAGGCUCUGGACGAGAAGGUCCGGGAAAGGCUUCGCGUGGCCUUGGAGAGGGUGUCCAUGUUAGAGGAUCAGCUGGCAUCGUCUUCACAAGAGGUAAUCUCUUUAAGAGACCAAAUUAAAAGACGACAGCAAGGGUUGGACAGCGGGAAAGAUCGUCUACCCAAUGGCCCCUCCUCCGGCCUGGAUGAGGGAGAGGUCGACAGGCAGAGAGAAGGAGAGAUCGAGCGACAGAGAGCAGAGCUCUCUCAGCUGAAAGAGAGACUGGCCCUCAUGUGUCGACAGGUGGGGGAAAUAGAGGAACAGCUUGCAGCCGCUAGGAGGGAGGUGACGAAGUCGGAGGAAGCCAAUCAGAAGCUCCAGAGGGACGUGAAGGAGGCCUUGUGCCAACGAGAGGACAUGGAGGAGAGGAUUACCACACUAGAACGCAGGUACCUCAGUGCUCAGAGAGAAGCUACGUCCUUGCACGACAUCAAAGACAAGCUGGAGAAUGAGCUCGCUAGCAAGGAGUCACUACACAGACAGAGCGAAGAGAAGAACCGUCAGCUCCAGGAGCGCCUGGACGAUGCUAAACAGAAGCUGCAGCAGACCCUGCAGAGGGCAGAGACCCUGCCAGAGGUGGAAGCCCAGCUGGCACAGAGAGUGGCUGCACUCAACAAGGCUGAGGAACGCCAUGGAAACUUUGAGGAGCGUUUGAGGCAAAUGGAGGCACAACUGGAGGAGAAGAACCAGGAGCUACAGAGAGCAAGACAGAGAGAGAAAAUGAAUGACGAACACAACAAACGCCUUUCAGACACGGUGGAUAAGCUGCUGUCUGAGUCAAACGAGAGGCUGCAGCUCCACCUUAAAGAGAGAAUGGCUGCUCUGGAGGAGAAGAACGCUCUGUCAGAGGAGUUAUCUAACAUGAAGAAAAUUCAAGAUGAUCUUCUUGCGAACAAGGACCAGCUCAUAGCUGAGCUGGAGAGGAUCCAGCUGGAGCUGGACCAGCUGAGGGGCCGGCCUGGCUCCUGCUACUCCAGGUUAGCCAACAUGGAGCUGCAAGGGGCGGGCAGCGUCAGCUCACUGCCAUCCACCCUUUUUCGAAGAUCUCUUCCAGGGAGUGCCUCGGAGCUGCGCUACCCCCAGGGCGGAGGCUCUCUCCCAGCCGGCUACGGCAACUCCUCCGGUGGGGUGGUGGUCCGCCGGGCCCACCGCGGCCGAUGGGCUCCCCCCAGGGAUGACAGCAACAAGUACGGGGAGUGGGACAGUGGCACCAUGAUGGGUCCCGGGUUUGACGGGGGCGUGGAGGGGGGCUGCUCAGACGAGGAGGAGGACCGGGAGACCUUGUUUGGCUCGGAGCUGCUGUCGCCCAGCGGUCAGACGGACGUCCAGACACUGGCCAUCAUGCUGCAGGAGCAGCUGGAAGCCAUCAACAAGGAGAUCAAGCUGAUACAGGAGGAGAAGGAGAGCACAGAGCUGAGGGCGGAGGAGAUUGAGAGCCGGGUCAGCAGCGUGGCCCUGGACGCCUCACCUCUUCCGCCGUCGUCGCUGGGCGGGGGGCGAGACAGCUUGGGGAGGGGCUACAUGACCCCCUCCCUCACCUCCUCCACCCUGGCCUCCCCCUCACCUCCCAGCUCUGGCCACUCCACCCCCCGCCUGCCGCAUUCCCCUGCUCGAGAAACAGACAGACAGAAUAGCAAAGAGGGAGAUGACUGCAGGGCUUUGGCUCUGAUUGAUUCCACCCCUCCCCCAGUCCCUCGCGCCCUGCGAUUGGACAGAAUGACUCACACACACCCAGGAGCAGGGCUGGAUGAUCACCGCGAAUUCCGCAGUCUUUCUGCUGACGGUGUCACCACCAGUAGUCAGGAUUCUCUCCACAAAGCCAGCAAGAAGAAGAGUAUCAAGUCCUCCAUCGGUCGGCUGUUUGGGAAGAAGGAGAAGGGCAGGAUGGGAGGGCCCGGCAGGGAGUCUGCUUCUCUGGCCUCUACGCCGUCUGAUGACCUGGGCUCUGCCGACCCCCUGGGUCUGACCAAGAUGGGGACAGGAACCGUGGAGAAGGAUCGACGCAGCAAGAAAAAGCAUGACCUACUUGAAGAAGCUUGUCGCCAGGGUCUCCCCUUCGCUUCCUGGGACGGCCCCACUGUGGUCACCUGGCUGGAGCUGUGGGUGGGCAUGCCCGCCUGGUACGUGGCAGCCUGCCGCGCCAACGUGAAGAGCGGCGCCAUCAUGGCCAACCUGUCGGACACGGAGAUCCAGAGGGAGAUCGGCAUCAGCAACCCUCUGCACCGCCUCAAGCUGCGGCUGGCCAUCCAGGAGAUGGUGUCCCUCACCAGCCCCUCCGCCCCCGCCAGCACUCGCUCUUCCACCAGUAACAUCUGGAUGACUCACGCAGAGAUGGAGUCCUUGACUGCUGCAACUAAACCAGAACAGAAAGAGUUUAGCUGGGACCAGAUCCUGGCCUAUGGGGACAUGAACCAUGAGUGGGUGGGUAAUGACUGGCUGCCCAGCCUGGGCCUGCCCCAGUACCGCUCCUACUUCAUGGAGUCCCUGGUGGACGCCCGCAUGCUGGACCACCUCACCAAGAAGGAGCUGAGAGGACAGCUCAAAAUGGUGGACAGCUUCCACAGGGUCAGUCUGCAUUAUGGCAUUAUGUGCUUGAAGCGCUUGAACUACGACAGGAAGGAGCUGGAGAGGAGGAGGGAUGAGAGCCAGCAUCAGAACCAAGAUGUAAUGGUGUGGUCCAAUGAGCGGGUCAUGUGUUGGGUGCAGACCAUUGGUCUGAAGGAGUUUGCAGACAACCUGACAGAGAGUGGUGUUCAUGGAGCUCUUCUGGCCCUAGACGACACCUUUGACUACACCGACCUAGCUCUGCUGCUCCAGAUACCCAAUCCGAAUACACAGGCACGGCAGCUCCUUGAGAAGGAAUACAAUACACUCAUCUCCAUGGGAACAGAAAGGAGGCCAGAUGAAGACGGCACCAAGACCUUCACAAGAUCCCCCUCCUGGAGGAAGAUGUUCAGAGAGAAGGACCUCCGCGGAGUCACCUCGGAUUCUUCGGAAACACUACCCGCAAACUUCCGUGCCUCUGCCAUCUCCACCCCCUCGGUCACCCUGCGGAAGGUCCAGAGUGAGGUCAACACUGGUCCUCGGAGUGAAGCUGCAUCUGUCAGAACAUAUUCCUGCUAAAAGAUAAGCACAUCAGUCCCCCUCCACCCAUAAAAAAGGAUCAACCCUGUUUUUUAUUUAAGAAAAAAUGAAGAAGAUCUCUCUCUGUCUCUGUCUUGGUCCACAGUUGUGGCAUGAAGCUGUUUGAUGAUGUAGAAAGUGACUCCAUUACCCAUUGUGAGUUAAUCUUCAGUUGUGAGUGUGGGAUGGCAAUAUUGACACAAUCACUUGAUAUUUACAUUUUUUCAAUUUCUCAUUGAAAGUGAAGAGAAAUGGCCAUUAAGAGCAAGAGAAUGCAAUCUCCCUGGGAUAGUAAAUGUUUAUUUGACUUGAGCAGUGGAGAGAGAGAUGUCUUUCAUCAAAUGGAAGUAGCUAAGCAGGUGUCGAGCGGCCAGUGAGAGCUUAGGUAUGGUAGGUAGCAGAGGAGCGGGAGGAUGGGAGAGGAGAACAGGGAAGCAGUAUGUAAGCCAUAACAGACAAUGAGAUGCACAAUUCCAGUAACACAGAUGGACAAUUAGUGAAGUGCAUUAUGACAAAACCAUGUUGUAAAAAAACGAAACAAAAAAAAUGGAGAAUUAACGUUUGUGUUAAUAUGCAUGCCAAAACAAAUCAUUUUAGAGUGAGAGAAAUAUCAAUCAUCUAAUGAUGUGAAAGCUUGGGUAAGGAGUUUGUAAAAUGUGUGUAUUUUAUUUUUUAUCAUUUUUUAUGAUAACUGCUUAUGUAUGUAUGUUGUGUGUGUGUGUGUAUGUGUGUGUGUAUGUAUGUAUUGAACUGUUUGUUCAUUUCAUACUUAGUUAAGACUGACUGUAUUUUUGUUUUAGGUUGAAAAGUAAAUACCUUUCAAAUGAUGGACAUUUACGAUAUGCUACUUGUAUGUGUACAUUUUGAAAACAAAUUGUGUUAUGAUUUAAAUUAAUAUGAAUAAUGAAGAGUAGUGAUGAUAAUUGAAUAUAAUAUGAUACUAAUAAUAAUGAUUGUAAAAGCUGUAAUUAAAAAAAUAUCUGUAAAAUGCGA